CAACUUUUAUGUGCAUAAAUAUAUACUUACAUCUACACACACUAUUAUUGACUUAUUGUAUUUUUAUUAUUUAGUUGUACGUGUAUUUAUAUGCUUCGUUGUCCCGUAUUUCUCCCUUUUUUUUCCUUUUCUUUCGUGCCUUUACCUCCCAUUUAAACCCAGCCCACUUCGGACAUUUAUAUUUCUUUUUUUUUUCCUUGUAUUUUACAUGCAAAUUUUAUCUUUUGGCGUAUUUCUUGUGUAUGAAUAUGUGUAACAGAUAUCAUAGAUUUUGAACCAAGUGAUUUUUGGUUUUUUUGCUCAAGAAAUUUGAUGGGUUGUAGCCUGUAGGAGUACAUGUGUUUCAGUCUGAUGGCUUCAACUUCUUAUUCAUCUAGAGGUUGUAUUGAUAAUAUUCCGUCCGAGAUACUUAUGCCUGAGAGUGACGUGUUUGGCGAGCCAAAUAGUAGUCCACGGAUUGGAAAUGAACAUCAAGCUGAGCUUCCUUCCAUAAAUAAAAAGUCGAAUUACAUGUAUAAGUCCACAUAUUAUGGAGAUACACAUCCAAAGCAUGUAAUAAUUGGGCUGCCCAUACCAUUAGUGUGGAUGAAUAACAAUGGCCCGGAUAAAAAUUCCGAGAUGACUUUGACCAACAGUGUACAAGAUACAGUGAUGAAGCCUGAAGAGAAUUCACAGGCUGAAGAGGAAAGAAUGCAGAAAUUGUGCGGUGAAAUAGUCCCUGGAUUGACCGAAAAAUUUUGGAGUGAUGCUGAGAAAGCCAGCUUUUUUCUGGGUUUGCACAUAUUUGAGAAAAAUUUUGUGGAUCUUGGGCAUUUUGUGGAAACUAAGAACUCGGGGGAUGUAAUGGCGUACUACUACGGAGAGUUUUACCAUUCGAAAGAAUAUUUUAGAUGGUCCGAACGUAGAACGGCAAAGGGCAGGAAGAGGUACGUGUUUGGGCAGAGGAUUUUUUCUGGAUUAAGGCAACAGGAAUUAAUAUCUCGGCUUGUUGCUAGAGUUCCAGAUGAAUGUAAAAGCGCCUUACUCGAGGUCUCCAAGACAUUUUCGGAUGAGAAGUCGAGCCUAUCAAGCUACCUCUCGUCUCUAAAGUCCAUGGUCGGGAUAACAGCUCUCACCGAAGCCAUUUCCUUGGGCAAAGGCAAGAAAGACAUGACUAGAAUGGCCUUAGAGCCCUCGGGCUCAAACAACACGAUUCAGGCCCAAACAACACAGGUUAUACCUUCACGCAAGAAAUGCUCAUCUCUCUCACCUUCUGAAAUCAUCGAAAUCUUGAAUGGUGACUGCCGACUGAGCAAAGCCCGGUCACACGAGCUUUUCUGGGAAGCUGUCUGGCCGCGCCUUCUCGAACGAGGCUGGUCUUCCAGAAAGGUUGAGUACGGUAAAGGCGAUGUUUUUAACGUGCUGGACUAUUCCGUAAUCUACCUCACGCCAGGCUCGGAUAAACUCCCGGAUGACGAGAUUGUGAAGGGAGACCACUACUUUACCUCGUCCACUGAUGUUUUGGGCCGGGUCUCGAGGGAGCCCAUCCUCAUCCUUCUUGGCUCGGAUAAUGACGAGGUGAAUAACGGGCCUGCUGUUGUGGCCCGAGAGGAAAGGGAUGAGGAGGAAGAGUUUUAUCUGCAGCCGAGGGCCCAAAACCGUAGCUUGCAUGCCGUGAAGUACACGGUGGUCGACACGUGUCCCGGCGGGAAUUUACGAGACGUGAGAUAUUUGCCGUGCGAAGAGGAUGAAAACGGUGGGCCCGGAUUGGAGAAUGGGAAGGGCCCGAUUGAUGACGAUGAUGAUGAGGCUAGUUUGGAGAAUGUGAAGGGCCCGAGUGACGGCGAACCUGGUUUGGAGAAAAGGGAAGAAGAAGAAGAAGAAGGCCAGACACUAACAACACCAGAGGAUGGGAAUAAAUCUGGAAGGAUCCAGAAGGGGAAGAAAAUCCGAGGUGGGGCCCGCCGUAAGGCAGCGAGAAAACGCGGAGAGACGGGAGGAGACGUGAUUUGCAGUCCGGGCCGAGUUUUGAUGGGCCUCGGAAUGGAAAAUGGGCCCGUGCCGUCGGGCCCGAAUUCUGAUGUACAGGAAGGACCAGUGGAGAAAUCGCGGUGUCCUUUGCCGUUUGACCUGAACGAGCCGCCAGUAGAAGAGGCAGAGGAGGAGGAGGAGGACUUGGAUGUGAAUACGAAUGCUGUGAGACAGAGUAGAAGGGGCCUCCAGUGGUCGGCCAAGGCACUGGAGAAUCUGGUCGAUGAGCUGGCGGAUAGGAAGAGGAAGGGAAUAAUCGAUGAGGAGGGAUUUGUAUGGAGGCCCACUAGGCGUGUGAGAACCGGGGUUUUGAGGGGAUCUGUGGGUUGUUCAGGUGAUGGAAAUGGCGCGUCUGGCAGUGGGGACCGUAAUGUGGAGAAUGGUGUUUGAGAGUUCAUUGUCGAUUAUGAUGUCGUGUUAGAGGUUAAAAAAGUUGUGAUAAAGUUGAUGAUGGGUUUUGAGGUUGAAGUUGAGAAGAUU